UGUGCGUGUCUUACAACCGCUGAAUGAUGAUGUCCUCUAUGUGUGUGGAACAAAUGCAUUUCAACCAAUCUGUGAUCAUCUGAACUUAAUGUCAUUUGAACUCCGAGGUAAAAAUGAAGAUGGUAAAGGUAGAUGUCCAUUUGACCCUGCCCAAAGCUACACAUCAGUUAUGGUUGAUGGAGAACUUUAUUCAGGAACUUCCUAUAACUUCUUGGGAAGUGAGCCUAUUAUUUCUAGAAACUCUCAUCAGAGCCCGUUGAGAACAGAAUAUGCAAUACCUUGGCUUAAUGAACCCAGUUUUGUUUUUGCUGAUGUGAUAAGAGCAGAUCGAAACAGCACUGAAGAAGACGAUGACAAAGUGUACUUCUUUUUCACCGAGAUGUCUGUGGAAUAUGAAUUUGUUGGAAAGCUGAUGAUUCCAAGAAUAAGUAGAGUGUGCAAGAGGGACCAAGGAGGAUUAAGGACUUUGCAGAAAAAAUGGACCUCCUUUCUCAAGGCCAGAUUGAUCUGUACCACACCUGAUAAGAAUUUAAUUUUCAACAUUAUCAAUGAUGUUUUUAUUCUGAAGUCUCCAAGUUUGAAGGAACCAGUGAUUUAUGGAGUUUUUACCCCACAACUGAAUAAUAUGGGUCUGUCAGCAGUGUGUGCAUACAACUUGUCUACUGUGGAAGACGUUUUCUCCAAAGGAAAGUAUAUGCAGAGUGCCACAGUAGAACAAUCUCAUACAAAGUGGGUCCGAUACAAUGGAGAGAUUCCUAAACCUCGACCUGGAGCUUGUAUAAACAAGGAGGCCAGAGCAGCGAACUACAUGAGUUCUCUAAAUUUACCGGACAAAACCCUACAGUUUGUUAAAGAUCACCCUCUAAUGGAUGACUCGGUGACCCCGAUAGGGGACAGACCCAGAUUAAUAAAACAAGAUGUGAGGUAUACACAGAUUGUGGUAGACAGAGUCACAGCACUCAAUGGCAGCAUGUACGACGUUAUCUUUGUUAGUACAGAUAAAGGAGCCCUGCACAAAGCUAUUAGCUAUGAAAAUGGAAUGCAUAUUAUUGAAGAAAUACAACUUUUCCCAAAUUUUGAGCCAGUUCAGACACUGUUGCUUUCAUCAAAAAAGGGCAAAAGAUAUCUCUAUGCAGGUUCCAGUUCUGGUGUGGUUCAAUCUCCCGUUGCAUUCUGUGACAAGUACAGCACUUGUGUUGACUGUGUUCUAGCUAGAGAUCCCUACUGUGCUUGGAAGUCACAUGAAGCCUCCUGUAUUAAUAUUCUUAAAGAAGAUGAAAUUGAAAGGGAUUGGAUUCAGAACAUAGGUGGUGAUGCCUCUUCCUGCCCUGAUAAAGUAAGAGAGAAUUCUCUGCAGCAUACAUUCAAGCAUGGGAGCACAGCAGAACUCAAAUGUUCUCAAAAAUCCAACCUGGCCCAGGUAGUUUGGAAAUUCAAAGAUGAUGUAUUGAAAGUUGAGAGCCCCAAGUAUCGUCUUCUGGAGAAAGCACUGCUCAUCUUCAAUUUAUCAGAAGGAGAUAGUGGUGUUUAUCAGUGUUUGUCAGAAGAAAAAGUGAAGAAUAAGAAAUUUUCUCAAGUGGUGGCUAAACAUGUUUUGGAACUGAAAAAAAUCCAGCCUAGUACAGUGGACCCAAUUCAACCAGCAGCACAGACGGAAGCCUCAUCUUCUAUACCUUUCCCUCCUACUGGUACCUCCUUUUUGUCCUGUGUGGGAAGUGAUUCACCUCCUUCACCCACCAAUACCAUGCCUGAUGUUUGGUCUAGCACAGAGCUUGUAAUGGUCAUGUUGUUACCACCUUUCCUAAGUGACCAGGCACAGCAUGUUAGUGUCCAUGGAACCUUUCACCUCUUCUGUCAAGCCACUGGUCCCAGUGAUGCACGUUUUGUGUGGAAGAAGAAUGGACAGAAAAUGGAAGUGUGUGUCAGUGAGCAAUCUCAUGCAUUGGCUGAUGGCAGAAUGCUCAUUCUAAGCUGGGUGAAAGAUGCUGUAGCAGAAAACUCAAAAUACUGUUGUUCAGUCCUCUCAAAAGCUGGAAAUAAAUCAUCAAAAGUGCUCAUCACAGUGGAAGGAAAAGAUAGUACUGGUCAGGCUGAAUGGGUAAAGGAGUAUGACAGCUGGAAAAGUGCAGUCAGUGAACAUCAUGCAAUGAUGCAAAACUGGAAGACAACCUGGGUAAGUUUCUUGACAUGCAUGUUGUCAGGCACUAUACUACUUUAGUGAGCGAGUGGGAGGAGCCUGAAAAUCCUUAUUUUUGACUUGCCAUUAUAUUGAACAGGAUGGGAUUCUAUUUGUAGUCCAUGUAUAGUACUGCCUGCAUGUCAUUCAGUUACUUCUAGACAAAACUUGCCUUCCUCUGGUGUUUUAAGAUCUAGUACCUUAGGGGUUGAUGCUGGGAACUAAGCCCAGGGUCCUAUAGAUGACACCAAACUGUCUCCAGCCACUUGAAUCAUACCUGGAUAUACCAUCAUCAACUCAAAGUCCAUCUUAGAACCAGGACAAAUCAGUAAAGUGUGAGCAUAUUUCUUUCUUUCUCCUCUUAGUACCAUCCAUUUCAUGAAGUCAGUCAGUACGCAGAACUCUCCUUGAUAAAGGACCAAGGUGGGGUGGGGAUCUUAAGUGGCUUUCCACUACCUUUACAUCUAUUCCUUUCUCUAAUAAGUAAUACCCAAGGGGCUGUUAUGGCUGCUGAGGAAAGCUGGAGCCACAGGAAUGCUUCCUGGCUGAUCCCUUUUACCUCUGACCCCAAAGACUCUGUAUUUGUCCCUCUGCACUACUAAUCUGAUGAAGUGUCUACACGCAACCAAGAAUCUGGUUCAAUGCUUCUGGUCUUAAUGAUUGAAUCUGCCCUUCCUCAACCUCAAGAGAUAACAUACCCUUAAGAGCAUGGCAAUAGAUCUACUGCUAGCCCAGGGCUGGCUUUAAAUAAAACCAGCUUGUUUAGAAAACUCAUUGUACUUUAAUAUUAAAAUU